GUUGCUGUUACAUAUUUUGAACUUUGUUGUUUUGAAUUGUGUUAUUAAACAGUUUUAACUUAACAGAGAUAAUUACCUGGAAGUACGAAAAACGUUUUCCAUAAUUUACAGAAAAAGGCACUAACAGUGACUAGCUCUUGUCUGUCGUUUAAUGCACACCGUCAGACUGCAGAUUGUGUUGUGCGCGUCCUGCGAGCGGGAUCACAGGGGCCCAUGGCGAGCUGACUUUGUUUUUGGAAAAGUGGCUGAUACUUCGUCUGGCAGUACGAUCGACGACUUUACCCUUCAGUCUUCGGAUAUGUUCAUUUGAUUGCUUGAUGUGCACACACAGUUUCUGUCCACCAUGAACAGCCUGAGAAAGUUUUUUUGGACUGGUCCCAACCUGGGACGACAUUGUGUGAUUUGCUCAGACAUCGGAUCAGUUUUGGAGCAGCGGCUAUCAGUCACCGGAAGUAUGAAGUCGCAACAUCAGCUUGGAUCUGUUGGAGUGCCAGGUUUUGCGCAGUUCCAUACCUCGGUAGCAGCAUCGAAAUAUAAAGCGCCAACGGAAGCGCUGGAGGGACCAAAGAAAUGGCCUGCAUAUAAUAACGUAGUGCUGCCGCCUCAGUUGCCCAAUGAGCCUCGUCGACCGGCGCAAGUCUUCCACAUGCGAACGCAAAUCCGUCAUAGCGAGCAUAAGCUGUGGUAUGCUGCCAUGAUGAUCCGAGGAAUGAGCAUCGAUGAAGCGCUGCGUCAGUUAACCUUGAAUCCCAGGAAAAGUUGCCAAAUUGUUAAAGAAGUGCUCGAAGAAGCGCAGGAAAUUGCCAUUCGCGACCAUAACUUUGAAUUCAAAAGCAAAAUGUGGGUGGCUGAGUCCUUUACGGGAAAAGGUACAUGUGUGAAAGGCAUACGUCGAAUGGGCAAGGGCCGGAUUGGACAUAUCAAAUACAACUUCAACCAUUAUUUCGUCAAGCUCGAAGAAGGGGAUCCGCCGGCAGUAUUUAAAGAUCAUCCUUGUGACACUUUCGAACUUAAAGGAGCCAUGCAGAAUUACAUCGAGAAGCAGCGGAAACGCUUUGUAUGGAAUUCUUUGUAAAAUGUGUAAAAUCUUGGAUUUCCAUGUUAAUUCAUUUGUAGUCUGUGUAAACAGGCUUUUUGUACGGUUCAAAAAGGAAUUAAAGUACGGUUUUGAAAA